AUGUUCUACGACCUCAACGUCCCAUAUGCAGCCGAUGAGGCUCAAUUGACUAAUACCCUCAACUUCCUUGCUGAAGUUGGGUAUACAACAGUCGCUUUGUCCCAAACAAUGUCAGGCAAAUUACCACCAAAUUUGGCAGCUCCUCAACUACCACCUAAUGCUCCAAAAUCCCUCACACUGUUGACGCGCCUCAACCUCGUCCUGUCCGACCCAUCGCAGAGUUACCGUAUGGUAAACCUGAUACCAUUAUUUUCGAUUGUUGCCGUACGACCCAUGAACGAGAAGAGCUUGUUGAACGCUUGCACAAAUCUUGAUUGCGACUUGAUUUCGUUGGACUUGUCUGUCCGUCUUCCUUUUCACUUCAAAUUUAAGACCGUUUCUUCCGCAAUCUCGAGAGGGGUACGAUUCGAAAUAUGCUAUAGCCCCGGAAUCACUGGAAGUGGAUUGGAAGCCCGCAGGAAUCUUAUUGGUAAUGCUAUGAGUCUGAUUAGAGCGACGAGGGGUCGAGGUAUCAUCAUAUCCAGCGAAGCUAAACGAGCAUUGGCCAUUCGCGCACCAAUGGACGUCGUCAAUCUCGCAUGUGUUUGGGGUUUGUCUCAUGAACGAGGUAAAGAGGCCAUAUGUGAGGAAGCUCGGAAAGUUGUGGCCUUGUCUAGUCUCAAAAGGACAAGUUGGCGAGGCGUUAUCGACAUAGUCGAUGGUGGUGAAAAGCCAGCACCCAAAAAGGUUGACGAUGCAUCAAAGAAGAAAGUGGAACAAACGGUCACUAUUUUGGAUAACAAUGGAGAAAAUCUGAAACGAAAGGCUUCUGUGGAGUCCGCCCAGGACAUCGAAAAACCUCUUUCCAAGCGGGAAAUGAAGCGCAGAGCGAAAAAAGCACGUCUCGAAGCCCAUGUUCAGUCUUGA